AUGAAAAUGACAAUGGUGAACGAGGACGGCUCCAAGAGAAAACUACGUCGAAUUAAGGCAAACGGGCGAGAACGUCAGCGUAUGCACGGCCUUAACGACGCUCUGGACUUACUUAGACAGUACAUUCCAAUCACCGCACAACAUCAGAAGUUGAGCAAAAUCGAAACACUCCGACUAGCCAGGCCUUUCAAAGACAAAGAGAUUAUUAAGCUUAUGCUUCGAUUCUUCGAUUUCCUCAGCUCCUCCAUUACAAUUGAUAAAUUGAUUGUCAAACGUGAAAGUCUUUUUUAUGCAGCUCAACUUGUACCGCAACUCAUA